AUGGCCUCGCUUAAACAAUUCAUUCGCAACGUUCGCGCCGCCAAGACAAUCGCAGACGAACGAGCGGUCAUCCAAAAAGAAAGCGCUUCGAUUCGAGCAAGCUUCCGAGAAGAGAGCCAUGAUCCUGGUGUUCGGCGCAACAAUGUCGCGAAGCUCCUAUAUCUCUUCACACUUGGAGAGAGAACGCAUUUCGGCCAGAUCGAAUGUCUGAAGCUCCUAGCAUCACCACGUUUUGCCGACAAAAGGCUCGGCCAUUUAGCCACAAGUUUGCUCCUUGACGAAAACCAAGAGGUCUUGACCCUCGUCACCAACUCCUUGAAAAAUGACCUUGGUCAUUCCAACCAAUAUAUCGUCGGCCUAGCCCUCUGCACUCUGGGCAACAUCGCGUCUGUCGAGAUGUCUAGGGAUCUUUUUGCUGAAGUCGAACAAUGCAUCGCCACCUCGAAUCCUUAUAUCCGCAGGAAAGCAGCCCUUUGUGCGAUGCGCAUUUGUCGAAAGGUGCCCGAUCUCCAGGAACACUUCGUCGAGAAGGCAGCUCAUCUUCUCUCGGAUCGAAACCAUGGUGUUCUGCUCUCAGGCCUAACGCUUGUCACGAGCUUAUGCGAGGCUGAGGAGGAAGAAGGGGGCGAGGAAGGCAUCGUGGAUAAGUUCAAGCAGUUCGUCCCUCAGCUUAUCCGAACACUCAAAGGGCUCGCCACGUCAGGCUAUGCUCCGGAGCACGACGUCACUGGUAUCACGGAUCCAUUUGUCCAGGUCAAGAUUCUACGAUUGCUACGAGUACUUGCAGUUGGUGAUGCGCAGGUCAGUGAACAAAUCAACGAUAUCCUGGCCCAGGUAGCAACGAACACCGAUUCCUCCAAGAACGUGGGCAACUCUAUUUUGUACGAGGCUGUUCGGACAAUUUUGGACAUCGAAGCUGACUCCGGACUUCGUGUUCUCGGUGUCAACAUUCUGGGGAAGUUCCUUUCCAACAGGGACAACAAUAUCCGUUACGUUGCUCUGAACACUCUCAUCCGAGUGGUGGCUAUCGAGCCGAAUGCCGUUCAGAGGCACCGUAACACGAUCCUUGAGUGUCUGAGGGACCCGGAUAUCAGUAUCAGGCGGCGAGCCCUGGAUCUCAGUUUCACUCUCAUUAACGAAAGCAACGUUCGUGUUCUGAUCAGGGAGCUCCUCGCCUUCCUCGAGGUGGCCGAUAGCGAGUUCAAGCCCACAAUGACAAGCCAGAUUGGCAUGGCCGCAGACAAGUACGCUCCCAACAAACGAUGGCACGUGGACACGAUGCUGCGCGUGUUGACCUUGGCCGGCAACUACGUUAAGGAACCUAUUAUGGCCUCCUUCAUACGUCUUGUGGCGACCACUACAGAGCUGCAGACAUAUGCCGUCCAGAAGCUCUACACCAGCCUUAAGAAGGACAUCACACAGGAAAGCUUGACGCAGGCUGGCUCUUGGUGUAUCGGAGAAUACGGCGACGCGCUUCUUCGAGGUGGACAGUACGAGGAGGAAGAACUGGUGCAGGAAGUCAAGGAACAUGAGAUAAUUGACCUCUUCGCGUCGAUUCUUAACAGCAGCUACGCCACACAAGUGGCGACAGAGUAUAUCGUAACUGCACUCAUGAAGCUGACAACAAGGCUGGCCGACCCUGCGCAGAUUGAACGGGUGAGACGUUUGCUGCAGGCAAACCAGACCAGCCUUGAUGUCGAGGUGCAGCAGCGAGCCGUCGAAUAUGGCAACCUUUUCUCGCACGAUCAAAUCCGUCGGGGUGUGCUCGAGAAGAUGCCUCCUCCGCAGAUCAAGGAAGAAUCGAGGGUUUUGGGACCUGCUACAACAAAGAAGAAGUCCAACAAGGCAGCCAACAGAAAGUCCAAGAUCAUCAAGCCAACCGAAGAAGACCUUCUCUUCGACAUCAAUAGCGACGCACCGGCUGGCGUAUCAGCACCUGUUGGCGGCCAGAACAACGCCGAUCUGCUUGCUGACAUUCUCGGUGGCAGUGGUACAUCGUCACCUGCGCCAAAUGCUGCAUCACCCCCACCCCAGCAGUCGAACGUUGCAAGCAUCAUGGACAUGUUUGGCCCCAACCCAGGCCAGUCUGCACCAUCACCUGCGCCUGGUGGCUCUAGCUUAGACAUUAUGUCAUCCAUGUCUGGUACACCGCCGCCUGCACAGGCAGUCCCGCAGGCCUCUGCGGGCAUUCCUUGCUACGACGGCAACGAUCUCAAUGUUUCAUUCCAAGUGCAGCGCAAUGCCGAGGGGCUAGUGCAAGCUACGGCUCGGUUCCGGAACACUUCGGGUUCUGUCACACUCUCGAACGUCGGUCUGCAAGCGGCUGUGCCGAAAUCGCAGAAGCUACAGCUCAUGGCCAUUUCUAGCACGGAUCUCAGCCCGGGAGCUGAUGCGAGCCAGGUAAUGAGGGUAUCUGGCGUCAAGGGGCCACUGAGGUUGCGUUUGAGGAUUCAGUUCGUUCAUCCCUCUGCGGGACAGUUGACAGAGCAAGUGAAUUGGACAGAAGCGCAGUGA